GUGGGGACAAGGAUGCCGAGCUCCUGGGUGCUGGUGCUGGCGGUGCUGGGGGGGGCCUGCGCCCUCCCCGCCCCGGCCCCCCUCACCUACACCCAGGCGCUGGCUCAGGCCGUCGACUCCUUCAACCAGCGCCCCGAGGUGCAGAACGCGUUCAGGAUGCUCAGCGCCGACCCCGAGCCCACCCCGGACGUCCAGCUCGGCUCCCUGCAGCGCCUCAACUUCACCAUCAUGGAGACGCGAUGCCCGGCACGCUCGGGCGCCCGCCUCGACGCUUGUGAGUUCAAGGAGGACGGGGUCAUCAAGGUCUGCUCCGUGCCCGUGCCGCAGCGCGGCAGCCACCUCGUGUUUGACGUCGCCUGCGUGGACUCCACCGUGGAUCCCAUCCGGGUCAAGCGCUUCUGGCCGCUGCUGAGGGUGGCCAUCAGGAUGGUGGCUGCCGGCAUCAACCUCUUCAAGGUCAUUGUGAGGAAAUGA